AUGGAUCUCGCGACGACGCCCGCGCGGCGGCCCAUGGAGCAUGGGCUGGCGCGGCGGCUGUGGCACGUUGUGCUCGCCGUGUGCCACAUGCUGCGCCGCGGACUCUGCCGGAAGCGGCUCAUGAUGGACCUGAAUCUCCUCCUCGGCCGCGGCAAGCUCGCCGGUCGGGCGCUUCGCGGCCUCCUAGCCCAACCCGCCACGGCCCAUGGCCAUGGCCACCGUAUCUCCUCCUCCCCCACUUCCACCAUGGCGUCGUUCUACGGGCACCACGCGCGGGCGGUGGAGUUCAGCUGCACCACCACGCCGUCGUACCCGCAGUACUACGGGCUCUUCCCCUUUAAGAGCCGCGGCGGGCGCAGCGGAGGCGGUCGGGGCACCGCCCGCGACGACUACGGAGGCCUGGAUGCCGCUGCGGUGGCGCGGGCGUUCGAGAUGAUGAGCGCCGACGUGGAGUCCGGAAGAGCCACGCCGGCGGUGGCAGGGAUGGCGACGGCGACGCCAUCACCGAUGGUGGCAUGGAUCCUGGGCCGCAGCCCCGCUGGUGUCCGGCGGCUGCGCGUCACCGACUCGCCGUUCCCGGUCGUGCCGGAGGACGGCAACAGCGGCAGCAGCGAGCGCGUGGACGCCGAGGCCGACGACUUCAUCAAGAGGUUUUACGAGCAGCUACGGAUGCAGCACUCGAUCGCCAUCCCGGAUAGCUGCGUGUCGUAG